UUUUGCCUCUUCUCUCUCCAUCCCCUUGCAACCUCUUUCGUCUGUCGCACCGCCUCUUACGCCCUGUAUCCUCCCGUCGUUGGCAGCAUCGAGCGUUGCGCCCUGACCGGAAUCCCAAACACGCACAAGCACACGCAGCUUGGGCAUUAUCGAUAAGAGGCUUAGCGGGGUCACAGAUUGGCUGUGUUCCCAACCCUACGAAAUUUCCUCCUCUCUUCCUCCACCCCCCCCCAGAGUCCUUUUCCUGCCGCCACAAAGACACCAUGGUCUCCGCGUCCAAAGCCGCCCGCCAGGCAAAGCGCGCCGCCGAGGGCGAUGCGAAGCCCAAGAAGUCGGCCACUUCCAAGUUGUCGUCCAAGGCAAACUCCAAGAAUGCCUCCAAGGCCAACUCGGAGGCCGGCGACCAGCCCGAGGAUCUCGAGCUGAAUGAAGAAGUGCAGAAGCUCACCCUCCAGGAGGACAAGCACGGCCUGUCGGACCGUGUGACCACCGGUGUGCUCGCCUCGCUCGAGCAGUCGCGCGACGUCAAGAUCAUCUCGGCUUCGCUCGUGUUCCACGGUAAGGUGCUUUUCAACGACUCCGUCCUCGAGAUCAACUACGGCCGUCGAUACGGCCUGUUGGGCGAGAACGGCUGUGGAAAGACGACGCUGCUCAAGGCCAUCGACAAGCGCGAGUUCCCCUUCCCCGAGCACAUCGACAUCUACCUGCUCAACCAGGGCGCCCCCAAGACGGAGCUGGGUGCCUUGGACUGGGUCGUCCGCGAGGCUGAGACGGAGCUGGCCCGUCUUGAGAAGAUGGCCGAGGACAUUCUCGAGAAGGAUGGUCCUGAGAGCCCGCUGCUCGAGGACAUCUACGAGCGUCAAGAAGACAUGGACCCAUCCACCUUCCAUACCCGCGCUUCUCUCAUUCUGACCGGUCUUGGCUUCAACAAGGUCACCAUCAACAAGAAGACAAAGGACAUGUCCGGUGGCUGGCGUAUGCGUGUGGCGCUUGCCAAGGCUCUUUUCGUCAAGCCUGCGCUGCUCCUGCUCGACGACCCCACUGCCCAUUUGGAUCUCGAGGCCUGUGUGUGGCUUGAGGAGUACAUGAAGAAGUGGGAGCGCACCCUGGUGCUUGUUUCCCACUCGAUGGACUUCUUGAACGGCGUGUGCACAAACAUGAUUGACAUGCGUCAGAAGAAGCUCCUCUACUACGGAGGUAACUACGAUGCCUACCACAAGACUCGCAGCGAGCAAGAGAUCAACCAGACCAAGGCCUACGAGAAGCAGCAGGACGAAAUCAAGCACAUUAAGAAGUUCAUUGCUUCGGCCGGUACCUACGCCAACUUGGUCAGGCAGGCCAAGUCGCGCCAGAAGAUCUUGGACAAGAUGGAGGCCGAUGGCCUCAUUGAACCUGUGGCCGUUGACAAGGUCUUUACUUUCCGUUUCGCCGAUGUCGAGAAGCUCCCGCCACCUGUGCUUUCGCUGGACGACGUCACCUUCUCGUACUCGGGAAAGCCCGAGGACAACCUGUACGAGAACCUGGACUUUGGUGUUGACAUGGACUCACGAACGGCUCUUGUCGGACCCAACGGUGUCGGAAAGUCGACUCUGCUCAACAUCUUCACUGGAAAGCUCAGCCCUACGUCUGGUGUCGUCUCGCGCCACACCCACUUGAAGCUCGGUGUGUACAGCCAGCACUCUGCUGAACAGCUCGACCUCACCAAGUCUGCGCUUGACUUUGUCCGCGACAAGUUCCACCACAUCAGCCAGGAUGUCCAGUACUGGCGCCAACAACUCGGUCGCUACGGUAUGACUGGCGAGGCACAAACAUCCAAGAUGGCCACUCUGUCCGACGGUCAGAAGUCGCGUAUCGUCUUCGCCCUGCUGGCUAUCGAAGGCCCCAACAUGUUGCUCCUUGACGAGCCUACCAACGGUCUGGAUAUCCCCACGAUUGACAGUUUGGCGGAUGCCAUCAACGCUUUCAGCGGCGGUGUUGUUGUAGUCUCGCACGACUUCAGAUUGCUUGACAAGAUUGCCAAGGACAUUAUGGUGUGCGAGCACAAGACGGUCCGCCGGUGGGACGGUAGCAUUGCCGAGUACAAGAACCACCUCCGCAAGAAGAUGGCUUCGACCGGUGCUCUCUAAGCGGAGGGUUGGGAAUGGGUUUACAAAAUGCAUGCGUCCUUUGAGCAGCGGGACGCGGGUACAUAGCUAAAAGUAAUGGCCUCAGAGCAGGUGUCAGGAUACCUCUGCAGUAGGCUGGCAGCUCACCGCUACCUGCGUCAGUGUCUUUUGCGAUAAAAGGCAACUGGAUUAUGCGUCAUGAUGCAUUGGGUCUUAGAGGAGUUUUAGAGUUAGUUAUGAUCAGAAUGAUAUCAUAUAGAAGCAGCUGAUUGGAUGGACACGCUGUGAUUGUAGCAGUAGGA